UACUUCUGAUGACGUUUUUUCGCAUUGUAUUUUGAAGCGUAUUUUAAUGUGGAAAAACUGAGAGAUUUGCAACAUGCAAACGGCCACGACACGCUAAAAACACGCCGAGUGCCGCCAGACGACAAACCAACCGAGAGGAGCACUCCGCGCAGCUGGCGGAGCACCCAGAAGGCAGCAGCGAAAGUUGCGUGGCUGUCGUUUCCGGAGCGUUGGGCAGAGGAGAAUCCGGGGGAGGAGGAGCAGCAGUAGGAGGAGGCUUAGAAACCCACCCAGCGGAGGCGACCUUGGGAGUGGCAGCGGCCCAAUAUGCACAACAACUCCACGAAGACCAAGGAAAUGUUCAUCGUGCGUGCUCUAGAGAAGAUCCUUGCCGACAAGGACAUACGGCGCUCCCACCACUCGCAGCUGAAGAAGUCCUGCGACUCGGCGCUGGAGCAGAUCAAGGCGGAGCUGAUCAGCGCCGGCCAGAUCGCGGAGGGCAACGAGCUUCCCUGCGCCGCACUCCCGCUGCCCAAGAAUGAUGCCUCGAGCAUCAUUAAUGCGGAGACCUACUUCCUGCCCUUCGAGCUGGCCUGCAAGAGUCGCUCGCCCAGGAUCGUGGUCACCGCUCUGGACUGCCUGCAGAAGCUUAUCGCCUAUGGCCAUUUGACGGGCUCCAUUCAGGACUCUGCGAAUCCCGGACACCUGCUCAUCGACCGCAUUGUUGUGACCAUCUACGGCUGCUUCAAUGGACCCCAGACCGAUGAGGGUGUCCAGCUGCAGAUCAUUAAGGCGCUGCUCACGGUGGUCACCUCGCAGCAUGUGGAGAUCCAUGAGUUCACGCUGCUCCAGGCCGUGCGCACCUGCUACGACAUCUACCUGUCCAGCAAGAACCUGGUCAACCAGACCACUGCCCGUGCCACGCUCACCCAGAUGCUGAACGUGAUCUUUGCCCGCAUGGAGAACCAAGUGUACGAGCUACCACCUCCCAGUUCCAACCCCAUCAACGGCAGCAUCCACUCGGAAGACUGCAACGGCUCUGGAGAGGAGUCGCUGGGGGAUUCCGACGAAGUCAUAGCCUCGGAGCUGCUGGCGGAGAUCAUAUCAGCCGCCUACAAUGAGGCCAUGAAGGAUCAGGAAUCGGUGGGGGAGCCCGAGCCCACAGUGAACGGAAACGAUUACUCCUCGCACUCGGACCACGACAGUGUAGAGCUGCACAGCGAGAAUGACGCAGUGGUCACCGCCAAGUUCACGCACAUCCUGCAGAAAGAUGCUUUUCUCGUCUUCCGGGCGCUCUGCAAGCUAUCGAUGAAGCCCCUGCCGGAGGGUCAUCCGGAUCCCAAGUCGCACGAGCUGCGCUCCAAGGUGCUGUCCUUGCAUCUGCUGCUGCUCAUCCUCCAGAAUGCCGGGCCCGUCUUCCGUUCCAACGAGAUGUUCAUCAUGGCCAUCAAGCAGUACCUUUGCGUGGCCCUGUCCAACAACGGAGUGAGCCUGGUACCGGAGGUCUUCGAGCUGUCGCUCUCCAUCUUUGUGGCUCUGCUAUCAAACUUCAAGGUGCAUCUGAAGCGUCAAAUCGAGGUCUUCUUCAAGGAGAUCUUCCUCAACAUUCUGGAGGCCAAUUCGAGCAGCUUCGAGCACAAGUGGAUGGUGAUCCAAGCAUUGACACGGAUCUGUGCCGAUGCCCAGUCCGUGGUGGAUAUUUAUGUGAACUACGAUUGCGACUUUUCGGCGGCUAAUCUUUUUGAGAGACUUGUCAACGAUCUUUCGAAGAUUGCCCAGGGUCGCCAGGCCCUCGAGCUGGGCGCCAAUCCGAUGCAGGAGAAAUCUAUGCGCAUUCGCGGUCUGGAGUGUCUCGUUUCCAUUCUGAAGUGCAUGGUGGAGUGGAGCAAGGACUUGUAUGUGAAUCCCAACAUGCCCGUUCCCGCACUGCAAGUGCAGUCGCCUACAACCACGGAUCAGGAUCAGGCGGACACCACUAUUCAGACCAUGCACAGCGGAUCUAGCCACAGCCUAAACUCGAAUCAGGAGCAGCUGCAGGACCUUCCAGAGGCGCUGGAGGAGCGCAAGAUGCGAAAAGAGGUGAUGGAAACUGGCAUCGAAUUAUUCAACCGCAAGCCGCAGAAAGGAGUGCAGUUCCUGCAGGAAAAGCAGCUGCUGGGCGCCACAUGCCAAGACAUUGCACGUUGGCUCCACGAGGACGAACGAUUGGACAAGACAGUGAUUGGUAAUUACUUGGGUGAGAACGACGACCACUCCAAGGAGGUGAUGUGUGCCUACAUCGAUGCCUUUGACUUCCGUCAACUAGAGGUGGUGGCCGCGUUGAGAAUUCUCCUCGAGGAGUUCCGGCUGCCAGGCGAAGCACAGAAAAUUGAUCGACUGAUGGAGAAGUUCGCCAGCAGGUACUGCGAAUGCAAUCCCCAGAAUCAGCUAUUCCAAAGUGCCGACACCGUUUACGUGCUGGCAUUCAGCAUCAUCAUGUUGACCACGGAUCUCCAUUCGCCGCAGGUCAAGCACAAGAUGACCAAGGAGCAAUAUAUCAAAAUGAACCGCGGCAUCAGCGACAGCAAGUCAGAUUUGCCCGAGGAGUACUUGUCCUCCAUCUACGACGAGAUUUCCGAGCACGAGAUCAAGAUGAAGAAUAACUCCGGUAUGCUUCAACAGCCGAAACCCACUGGCAAGCAGCCCUUCAUCACGGAGAAGCGUCGAAAGCUGUUGUGGAACAUGGAGAUGGAGGUCAUCUCCCUAACGGCCACCAACCUUAUGCAGUCAGUGUCGCACGUCAAGUCGCCUUUCACCUCAGCAAAGCAUCUGGAACAUGUGCGUCCCAUGUUCAAAAUGGCUUGGACACCUUUUCUGGCCGCCUUCUCGGUGGGUCUUCAGGACUGCGAUGAUCCGGAGAUUGCUACCCUCUGCUUGGAUGGAAUCCGUUGCGCCAUUCGAAUCGCGUGCAUCUUCCACAUGUCCCUGGAGCGGGAUGCUUACGUGCAAGCCCUGGCGAGGUUCACUCUUCUAAACGCUAACUCGCCCAUCAACGAGAUGAAGGCCAAGAAUAUCGACACCAUCAAAACGCUAAUCAUGGUGGCCCACACGGAUGGCAAUUAUCUGGGCAGCAGUUGGCUGGAUAUAGUGAAGUGCAUUAGCCAGCUUGAGCUGGCACAAUUAAUUGGUACUGGUGUGCGGCCCCAGUUCCUUUCCGGGGCACAGACCACACUCAAGGAUUCGCUUAAUCCCAGCGUGAAGGAGCACAUCGGCGAGACGAGCAGCCAGAGCGUGGUAGUCGCUGUCGAUCGUAUAUUCACCGGCUCCAUGCGACUGGAUGGUGAUGCAAUCGUGGACUUUGUAAAGGCCCUAUGCCAGGUGUCUGUGGAUGAACUGCAGCAGCAGCAGCCAAGGAUGUUCUCCCUGCAGAAGAUAGUGGAAAUCAGUUACUACAAUAUGGAGCGUAUUCGUCUGCAAUGGUCACGUAUUUGGCAAGUGCUGGGCGAGCACUUUAAUGCGGUCGGAUGCAACAGCAACGAGGAAAUCUCCUUCUUCGCCCUGGACUCACUGCGUCAGCUGUCGAUGAAGUUCAUGGAGAAAGGCGAGUUUAGUAACUUCCGCUUCCAGAAGGACUUCCUGCGUCCCUUUGAGCACAUAAUGAAGAAAAACGCCUCGCCGGCCAUACGAGACAUGGUGGUGCGCUGCAUCGCCCAGAUGGUGAACUCACAAGCGCAUAACAUCCGAUCUGGCUGGAAGAACAUCUUCAGCAUUUUCCACCUGGCAGCAGGAGAUCACGAGGAGCCUAUUGUGGAGCUGGCCUUCCAGACAACGGGCAAGAUCAUUGGUGAUUUAUAUCAGCGUCAGUUCGCCAUCAUGGUGGACUCGUUCCAGGACGCGGUCAAGUGUCUGUCAGAGUUCGCCACCGCCAGGUUCCCGGACACCAGCAUGGAAGCCAUACGGCUGGUGCGCACUUGCGCCCAGUGCGUCCACGAGGCGCCGCAACUAUUCGCGGAGCAUGCCGGCAUGGAGAACGAUGCCUCGGUGGCGGAGGAGGAUCGAGUGUGGGUGCGCGGAUGGUUCCCCAUGCUGUUCUCGCUUUCCUGCGUGGUUAAUCGCUGCAAACUGGAUGUGCGCACGCGCGCCUUGACCGUGCUCUUUGAGAUUGUGAAGACGUACGGAGAGAGCUUUAAGCCCAACUGGUGGAAGGAUCUGUUCAAUGUGAUCUUCCGCAUCUUUGACAACAUGAAGUUGCCCGAGCACGUCACCGAGAAGUCCGAGUGGAUGACCACCACAUGCAAUCACGCCUUGUACGCUAUCAUUGAUGUCUUCACGCAGUACUUUGAUGUUCUGGGACACUUGCUGCUGGAGGAACUCUUCGCCCAGUUGCACUGGUGUGUCCAGCAAAGCAAUGAGCAGUUGGCGCGAUCUGGCACCAACUGCCUGGAGAACCUCGUCAUUUCGAACGGCUUUAAGUUUAACGAGUCCACCUGGGACAAGACGUGUCAGUGCAUCCUGGACAUCUUCAACGCCACGUUGCCACAGGAUCUGCUCAGUUGGCGCCCGAAAGCACAUUCCAGUAAUAAUGUCCCCCAGGAGCACAACCACUUCGAGGCGCUACACAUCCGUUGCGUGGUGCAGCUCGAGUUGAUACAAACCAUGGACAACAUUGUCUUCUUCCCGGCGACGUCGCGGAAGGAGGACGCCGAAACCCUGGCCCAGGCGGCUGCUGAUUUAACGGGCGGAAGGAACGGAUCGCAAUCGCAGCUGCUUGAGUGCCAGCGGGAGGAGCAGGGAAUGUAUGGCUAUCUAAGGACCCGCCAGCUGCUCACCCUGGCCGACUGCCUGAUGCAGUCACAUCGAUUCGCCAAGCGCUUCAACGCCGAUCACGAUCAGCGCAGUCUGCUGUGGCGGGCAGGGUUCAAGGGUUCGGUGAAGCCGAAUCUGCUGAAGCAGGAGACCUCUUCACUGGCCUGCGUCCUGCGCAUCUUCUUCAAGAUGUACGGCGAUGAGAACAGACGCAGCGACUGGCCGGGCAUCGAACAGGAGCUGGUGCAGGUGUGCAAGGAGGCACUGGGCUACUAUCUGAGUUUGCAGAGCGAGGCUCACCGAGAUGCCUGGACAUCGCUGCUGCUGCUCAUCCUGACGCGCCUGCUCAAGAUGUCUGAUGCUAGGUUCGCCACCCACGUGUCCAACUACUACAGCCUGCUCUGCGAGAUGAUGUGCUUCGACCUCAAGCCCGAACUGAGAAGUGUCCUUAGGCGCGUGUUCAUGCGCAUCGGUCCAGUAUUCAAUAUAAUGAGCGUUAAAUAGUCGCGGAGGAGCCUCAGCCACCUGGCUAGCUGACUCGGCCAUGUUAAUAGAUCGAUCCUCCCGAAACCCCCCUCAAAUCGUAGUUCAUAGAGCACCUUUGGUUCCCUCGGCUUUGUUGUUAUGUUGGCACUUUAUCAUACAUACAAGUACAUAUAUUUUUAUUAUAUUUAUAAACAAUACAUAGGCAGAGUGUAAUGUUUAUUAGGUUUAACAAGAAAUGUUGUUGUUUUUAUAUAUACGCAUACCCGUGGGUAUGCUAUGUAAGGCUUUAAUGUGUGCGUGUGAUUAGUUUCCUUCAGUUACGAAUUUGGAUUUGGUUUUCCCCGGUGUAACCACACUUUAACAUUCACCUAUUAUCGUUUAGCGUGUAGGUUAAUAUCGAUUAAACCAGCAUUAUGUGAAGCCUGUAUAUUGCUAGUGUUAAUUUAAAUCAAAAUCUAUAUAAAUAUUUAUUUCAAAUAUACAAUAUAACUCUA